AUUUAUUUUCAAUAUUGUGAAAAUACUUCUAAUAUUAUGUGAUGUUAAAAAUAAUUUUAAUAGAUGGCAGUAUUAUCUAAAAUUUAAUAUUAAUUUUCCGUUCUAUAAAAGUUGUAAUUUAAACGGCGCUGAAAAUUUGGAGUUGGCAAGGUCUUUCAAGAAUAAUACUCAAAAUGGCUGCCCGAUCUAUCGUUAAAUAUUUACGUCCAAAAACUGUUGUAUCCCAAAUUCAUAGAUGUGCUUCACUUUCUGCAUUUGAAAUACAACAUAAAACUCCAACUAUUAAAAAAGUAAUGCCUAUACCAAAAGCUCAUUAUGGAGGACGACAUACAGUUACUCUUUUACCUGGUGCUGGAAUUGGUCCAGAAUUGAUGAAUUAUGUAAAAGAGAUUUUCAGAUAUGCAGGUGUACCAGUAGAUUUUGAAGAUGUAGAAAUCGAUCCAAAUGCAAAUGACAAUGUUGAUUUAGAUUAUGCUAUUACAUCAAUUCGUAGAAAUGGUGUAGCACUAAAAGGAAACAUUGAAACUCGUAGUACAGAAGCUGAUGUACUUUCCAGAAAUGUUGCUCUUAGAAAUGAAUUAGAUCUUUAUGUAAAUGUCUUACAUUGUGUAUCAUACCCAGGAGUAAAUUCACGACAUAAAAAUAUUGAUAUUGUUAUUGUUAGACAAAAUACAGAGGGGGAAUAUGCUAUGCUAGAACAUGAAAGUGUUAAAGGUGUUGUAGAAAGUAUGAAAGUUAUUACAAGUAUUAAUUCUGAACGUGUUGCAAGAUAUGCAUUUGAAUAUGCUAAGCGAAAUGGAAGAAAAAAAAUUACCACAGUUCAUAAAGCAAACAUAAUGAAGCUCUCUGAUGGAUUAUUUUUAGAAAUAUCAAGAAAAGUUGCAAAAGAUUAUCCAGAUAUUACUCAUAAUGACAUGAUUAUUGAUAACACUUGUAUGCAAUUGGUUUCCAAUCCACAUCAAUUUGAUAUUAUAUUAACAACUAAUUUAUAUGGAGCAAUUGUAUCAAAUGUAGUAUGUGGUUUAUUAGGUGGUGCAGGAUUAUUAGCAGGUAAAAAUUUUGGUGAUCAUUACACAGUGUUUGAACCAGGUACUCGCAAUACAGGUAAACGUAUUGCUGGAAAAAAUAUUGCCAAUCCUAUUGCAAUGUUAAAUGCUGCUGUUGAUAUGUUACGACAUCUUGGACAUAAGGAUCAUGCUACUUUAAUUCAGAAUGCUAUUAAUAAAACUAUUAAUCAAGGUGUUCAUACACCUGAUCUUGGUGGACAAGCAACAAGUAGAGAAGUUGUUGAUACGAUAAUGAAUCAUAUUAAAAUAGCAUCUAAUUAAGACUGAUAAGAUAUAUCAGAUUAAAAAUUAAUAUAAUAUAAAAAUAUACAUAUAUAUUUAAUUUUGCUUUUUAGAAGAGAUAUUUCAUUAUCUGAUACAAUAUUUGAAUAUCUUUUCAGUUGAUAGUAGUAACUGUAUUUUUUGCUUAAAAAAGAUUAUAAUUAAAUUGUGUAAGUCGCACAAUUAUAUAAAAUAAUUUUUAA